CGCGACGUAAUCCCAAGCAGGAACCCCAAACUCCAACUUUCUAUCAUCCCUCACAAGCUUAGAAAAGUCUUGUCUUAUUACGGAGUACUCUGCCUCAAAAUACUCAGCCAACCUGUUCCCCGCUCCCACCCCCGUAGGAUAUCCCAUACGUCUUGGAACGCUCGAUCAUUUACCCCGCAAUUCAACGACCAACUCAGCACAACCGCAUCCCAGCACCAAGAGGAGAGACAAGAACGACAAAGAAAGAAACGAACAAGCAGACGGAGUCACCACAAUGCCGAAGCCAACCCCCAUCAUCGACUCUCACAUCCACCUUUUCCCCAAAUCCCACCUCCCAACCCUAGCGUGGUACGGCCCCGAAAGCCCCUUGGGCGCUCAACACUCGGUCGACGAGUACCGUCAGGCGACCUCCCCGACGCCCACCUCCCCCACCACGGGAGAGGAGCACUACCUCCGGGGCUUCAUUUUCCUGGAAACCGACCGCAUCUCGUCCGUUGACGAGUCCGACCCCAAGCUCGGUUGGUCCCACCCCCUCGACGAGGUCUCCUUCCUUACCCGGAUCAUCACUGGAACUCCAGUGCAAGGGGAAGGCCAUACGGAGGAUGAUCGUCAUCUGUGUCUCGGGAUGGUGCCUUGGGCACCUGUGCCCGGUGGCCCGGAGGCGCUGGUCAAGUAUAUGGGGUUGGUGAGGGAGAGGACUGGGAAUGUAUUUAACAAAGUCUGUGGUGUGCGGUAUCUCGUGCAGGAUAAGCCACAAGGGGUGAUGCUACAGUCUGGGUUUGUGGAGGGAUUGAGGUGGCUUGGGAGGGAGGGGCUGGCGUUCGAUCUGGGAGUCGAUGCGAGGCAGGGCGGGAUGUGGCAGUUGAGGGAAGCGGCGGAGAUGAUGAGGAAGGUGUUUGAGGACAAGAAUCAACGGGUGGUGAGGAUUGUCAUCAACCAUCUGUGCAAACCGAACCUCCGGCUGCCGUAUCAUGGGCCGGCUUCUGUUGUCACGCAUCCGGACUUCUUGGAAUGGUCCUCUUUAAUUACGGCAAUGGCGCAGUAUCCCACAGCUUAUAUGAAGCUGUCCGGGGGCUUCUCGGAGCUGUUGCCGCUGGAGGAGAAAACAGAGCCGGAUCUGAAGGCGCUGGUGGAUCGGAUCCAGCCGUGGACUGAUGUCGUGUUCAACGUCUUUGGACCGGAGAGGGUCAUGUUCGGGUCGGACUGGCCUGUCUGUAAUGUGGGUGGUGGUGGGAACACGGUCUCGUGGGGCCGGUGGAAGAGGGUGGUCGAAGAGGUGUUGGACCGGAGAGGCUUGUCCCACGAAGAGAGAGAAGAUGUUUGGGGCGGCGUCGCGGCUAAGGCUUACGGCGUGGAGAUUUGAAGGAUUCCGGUUCACACUUAUACUAUAUACGCGCAUUAUAUGCAAUUUGUCCUAGUC